AUUGGGCGUGGUUACGGAUAUAUAAUCAUAAUGUUCGAGUUACCGUCAUCGCUUUUGUUUCACUGUAGUGUCAUUAAUCGUCCCACUUGUUCGAAUUUAAAAUUGUGUUAGACGAACGGGUCGUGUACGAAAAGGAAUCGAUAAACAUUUCGCCAAUCAUUGCUGGUAGUACCGAGGACACUAUCACGACAUUGGGCACUGAAUUCGUCAAUGACACGCAGAUAUCGACGGUAAGAGAAACCGACACCAUGGCAGAGGUACCAUCUGACGUUGUAGAGUCAUCGUCGAAUGUUGUAGAGUCACCAUGUUCUGUGUCAAUGCGACCUGAAAUUGUAUGGAAUUUCGACGACUCCACAUGUUCGUCGGUUGUAUCAAAUAAUACACCGUACGCUGAAGAUAUGUCAUAUCAACGUGAAUUAUCGGAAGUAAGUUUCAUACACGCGGAAAAGAAAUACCAGUUGCAACUAAAAAAGGCACAGUACGCGUUGAAAGAGCUUGUGAAGGAGAAGGAACGACAGGAACGCAACAACCAGGCGUUACGUGAACAAUUGUCGAAAAAUAAUCAAGAAGAUAAGAAUAUAAAAAAACGUGAACUUGAAUUGCGUCAACAAUUGAAACACUGCGAGAGACAAACAUUACAACUACGCAAACAACUCGAUCAAAAAAACCGUGAAAUCGAGAAGCAUCGAAUCGAAAACGCGGAAUUGGAUGAAGAAAAGCACACAUAUUUUUUACGAAGCACCGAACACGAACAUCGUGUGAUCGAGUUGACUGAAGAACUGGAACAUUUGAGGUUGACCAAUGAGAAUUUACGUAGAACCAAGUUAAAACGGAACGCUGUAGAUGAAAAAUAUAAUAGCAUACAAGAUAUAUAUAAAUCAAAGUUGGGUUUAGACAGAUUGGAAAUGUUGGUUGUGACGUGGACCGGUGAUGCUAUGUGCAACUACCAAUAUCAUGGUUUUCGGCGCAAACUGAAAGGCAUGUUGCACGCCAUCAACCUCAAGACAAACGUAGUGCGCGGCGAUAGUGUUCAAUUGUGGUUUGUUACGAAUAACGCCAAACAGGACUUUAUAGACUGUAAGGGAUAUCUGAAAACCGAGGCAGAGAGAACAACGGGUGUAACGUUGAAAAUGAGCGCCAAUAAUAUCAAUUUGGUUGAUACUCUGAACGUGGACAAAUUCAACACUGUGGAAGUUUUUCGAGAGUUUGGCAAAAUGAUCGGCAUGAUCGAACUGGAUGCCAAGUUUCUACAAACAAUUUUGGAAUUAUCACAGAACCAGGUGCAGUCAACGUCCGCGUCAACCGUACGCAAUCAAUCGAAGUCCACCGAUGCCACCGAAAAGCUUACCAAAUUUAUCUCGCAGCAACCCGAUAAAAUGCUUCAAGAUAUAUACAAGUACGUGUUGGAUGAUUUUAACCAUAAACAUGUUAGUCAAACUCAAUGAUUAUAAAUUUAUUACAACUUAUAAAGACAUAAAAGACAGGCAUAACCAAGACAAAAUACAUAUAUUGUAUUAAUAUAACUGCAUAAGGAUCCGGACUUCCGGACCGAAAAUUAUAACACAUCCAACACCACAAUUACCAGUGGUACCAAUGUAAAAAGAGUUAUUACAGUGAUGCCAGCGUCGCCACUCGCUCGCUGCGCUCACUCCGUAACGCUAUGACUAAUACAAGCGAGUAAGAUAGUACUAUUUUUGAACUUAUUGGACCCAGAUAUGCACUAAUUUAGGAAAUGUCAUAGUGUUAUUUUAUAAUUUAUUUUAUACUUUUACUACUAUCAUUUAAGUGUGAUGGAAAGAAUUUCAUUUGUAUGAUUUUUAUUAAGCCUUUAAGAAUAAAACAAAACUGCAAAAUA